AUGGGUGCGGACUUGGAACCAGUCAAUUCACCGGUUUUCCCAGCGGAAAAAGACCUGGAGAUCCCGGAAAACGCUCAUCCGUUGACGCAGACAACUUCCAUCCAGGUUUACAUCCAGCUGGCAGAGCCAGCGGUGUUCCUGCAAGGCUUUGAAGCACACCAAUGGGAAGAGAGACCCCCGGGUCUGCUGCGGGGCUCUCUGAUCGUCAGAGUGCUCAAACCCAGCAAAAUCAAAUCCAUAGACCUCACGUUCAAAGGCACCUCGAAAACAGAGUGGCCAGAAGGUAUUCCGCCCAAAAGACAAGAGUUUCUGGAGUCCCUGGAUAUCGUGAACCAUACGUGGCCCUUCUUCCAACUCGAAAACAACCACGUUGUCAACAGUGGCUCAACAGACCCGGAUCAUUUGUUGAAGGGCAGUUGGGCCUCCGUGUAUAGGCCGCUAAAGAAAAAAAGCGAUAGUGUGAGUUUUAUCAACCUUAAUUCCGCCGCUUCACCCGGUUCUCCCAAGACGCAGGGCUCCAAUUUCUUGCCCAUCACCGGAAUGCUGCGCAAAGUCACAUCUCCCGAUGGCCACGGCAACCGGCAGCGAGCGCGUUCAAGCACAAACGCUCUCUCUGACCUGCUAGGAGGCACUCAAACCACUAACAGUGACAGCGGCUCCCUUUUCUCCAAGUCUUCCUCUUCAGGCAACGAGCCCUUCAUUUUCCAGCCAGGUGAGUACAUAUACGGCUUUGAACAGACCAUACCGCUUUCAUGCCCUGAAAGUAUAAUGGCCUCGUUUGGCUCCGUGGAAUAUACACUCAUGGCGUCGAUUGAACGAACGGGAGCCUUCAAGUCCAACAUUCACGCCAGGAUGCCUCUUGAAGUCAUCAGAGCUCCCUCCGAUUCGUCUGUUGAAGAAACAGAACCCAUAGCCAUUUCUCGAGAUUGGGAAGAUCAGCUCCACUACGAUAUUGUAAUCGCGUCAAAGGACAUUGUACUCGACGCAUUUCUACCGAUUGCUUUCAACAUCACACCUAUUGAUAAAGUUACGCUUCAUAGAGUAAGAAUCUAUUUGACGGAAACAAUGGAAUAUUACUGCAAAAACAAAAAGGUUCAUCGCCUGGAGCCUACCAAAAAGUUUUUGCUUGCUGAACAUAAAGCACCACCGUUUGAAAAUUUACCAGCGGGGGCCAGCGCAGCAAAGGCGAAGAAUCUUGGAAACCUGCUACUAGAUGAAUAUGGGGACCUAGUUUCACGCGAGUUCGAAUACCAGGUCUUUAUUCCUGAGAGACUUAAUGCACAGCAAAAGAUUCAUCCCGAUACAUCUUAUCAAAACAUUAAGGCUAAUCAUUGGAUUAAAAUCUGCUUGCGGCUAUCUCGUUUAGUUGAAGGUAAGCGCAAACACUAUGAGAUCAGCAUAGAUUCGCCCAUUCACGUUCUGAACAGAUUGUGUUCUCACGCCAACACUUUACUUCCCAGUUACGACACACACACUCUCAUCCCUGGCACCGAUUGCUCCAAAUUCGGUGACCUCAAUGUAAAUGUUUACCACGUUUCGAAUCUUUAUUUUCCAAAGGAGGUGUUGAGCUCACCAAUACUAUCCCCAGAUGUUCAACCCCUUGAAGAACGCGGGACUUUUUCACCACGUUCACUUACUCCCGUCCGACAUGCAAGCUCUGGUUUCAGCCUUCAUCAAAAGAAGAGCGAUGAACAUCAGAAAACAGUCGACGACUUCCUUCUCAACUCUCCAGAGUUAAAAUCCAAUGUGUAUCAACCUGGGAACUUGAAGCCAGAACUGCUCUCUCCUCAGGCCAUUCCACUAUCACCAAUAGCGUCUCCUAUUAGUAGGCCGAUUCAUAUGCUUCGAACUCCCAGUUUCGAGCCACCCGCUUUCGACGCAAAUCUGCCCCGCCCCCCUCAGUUUAGUCAUAAAGACCCACAUCCUGACGCUCCUACGGAUCCUCCAACCUAUGAAGAAUCCUUGAAAGCAAACAAAAAUCGUCGCCCGAAAGCAGUAAAGCCAACUUUCACUUUCACUGGAGCCGAUGGGCAUAAACGGGAAGACGUGAAUCCAAACCACGGCCAAAGUAAACGCUCUGAAAACCUAGAUGGUGACAUUGCUUCAUCUUUUUCAUUCAGUGGUGUCCCUCCAGGAUCUCCUGAACUCCCCAAUGCAGUGUGGAAAGCACAAUCUCCAAAGCUGAAACCUCUAAGUUUGGCCUUAGGUGCUAGUAGGCGAGGCAGUAUUCAAGAUGCUCUGCCUUCUACAGUGAAAAACACUAGCGAGUCUUUCAACGACAUGAGUAAUAUAUUCAGUCCAUCUCAAAAAAAUGAAGACAUCAAUCAAUCCAGGAGUCAGUCAUCGUCGGUUGCAGCAUCCCCCAGGUCCUCUGUGGACACCGCUAGGGAUUACGUUUCUCAGGAAGGAACCUCAAACAACAUGGCCCCGUUGCUCAAUUAUCAAACGAAUCAGACUGUGGACACUUUAUUGCAGUCUAAGGAAUCGGUCGCUGGAUUGGAGGACACAUCAACUGAAGCGUCAGUGGAUAUCACGGCUUUGUAUGAUAGAAAUUCGAAUAGCUGGCACCCACUUCAAAAUGACGCGCCUGGCUCGCCAGAUACGUCCCGAGAGUAUAAUCUGGGAUUUGUUGAAGGAAAUAACGUUUUAGAAGACUUUCGGUCUGCAUUCAAAAUUCCUGCUGGAUCAGGGAAGUUGAAAUCAACCAAAAAACAAAUGCAGGAAAUAGCCAGCACGUCUUUCAGUAACGGAUCUGAUACGAGUCCAGGGACUUCCACAAUGAGCAGCUCCGGUAAGAAUAGAAAUAGUGACCUUCCUCUUACGUAG